AAUUUGAAUGCUAUGAAGACAGAUUUGAAUAAAUUGAGGAGUAAUUUGAAUAUAUUAGGGAAUAAUUUGAACUCAUUAUCGAACGAAGUGAAAGUAGUAAUGGAAUCGAAUAGUGAAAUUGAAAAUAAUUUUAAGGAGAUUAAAUGUAGAUUACGUAAUUUAUCAGAUACGAUAUUAAAACUUAGAAACGAAGUAUAUGAAGAAUCUAUAUCAUUGGACAGUGUUAAAGAGAUAGUGAAAUCCGAAUUGGAAACCUACGAUGCCGAUAAAACUGGAAAAACGGAUUUUGCACUUGAAAGUUCAGGUGGCUCGAUUAUUUCUACAAGAAAUACCGAGACUUAUUUCGUUGGCGUACCUACUAUGAGUAUAUUUGGAAUUCCUAUAUGUAAACAGCAUAACAUUCCACGAAUAAUUAUUCAGGUUUCAUUUAUUAUUAAUAUUCUUUAAAUUAAGUCACAAUUAUUGUCAUAAUUUUAAUUGUUUGCCUAAAAUAAGAGCAAAUCAUUCUCCAUCUCAUGCGAAAAAUGAUAGGAUAAAAAGAUAAAAGGAAUAAUAAAAAAUCGUCUGUAGAGAUAUUUGAUAAUAGUAGCUUAUGACAAUGCAUUAAUUCUAUUUAAAAACUCUAUUAUUAUUCAAUAUUACGAUUAUCAAUUAU